AGGUACUAGUGAUUUUCAUCUUGAUGGCUUGGUAUAAUAGGAAGAUGCUAGUGUUAGGUAAAGAUAAAAUGGCUAUUUGUUUGAAUUGUUCACCAGAAAGGUGUCCUUAUGAAUGUGGGAUGGUUAAAUUUUUGGCACCUCCUUCGAAUCCUGCUAAGAGUGAUAAUCAUCGUAUGCCGUAUUAUUUUGUUAUCUUGCUUUGUGUACUUGGAGCAGUAUUUGUGUUCAUUUGUUAUAUGAUUACUCUUAAGAAGUAUAAAUUGAAUCCGAGGAGAAACGAUGAGGAUGUUAGUGGAGAUAAUGAUGAUUUUAUUGAUGAGAAUCCGGAUAUGGAUCAUCCGAUUUGGUACAUACAUACGAUUGGAUUGCCACAAUCUGUUAUUGAGUCGAUACAGGAGUUUAAGUAUAAAAAGAUUGAUUCUUUGAUCGAUGGAAUUGAUUGUUCUGUUUGUUUGACGGAAUUUGAAGAAGAUGAGAGUCUUAGGUUGUUGCCUAAAUGUAGUCACGCUUUUCAUGUUCCUUGUAUUGAUACUUGGUUAAGUUCACACAUGACUUGCCCGGUUUGUCGUGCUCCGAUUGUGUCUGAUUUGAAUGCUGCAUUAGGGAUAAACAAUGUGGAAGUUUCGUCGAUUGAUGUGAAUGGUUCUAGUGCAAAUGAGGUGACACCGGUGGAGAACGGAGGACGUAGUGGCAAUGAUUUGGAGAAUCAAGAAUUAGAUGAGGUGGGAAAUCGGGAAGUGAGUGUACGAGAUGAAAAUCUUGUUGCCUCGCAAAAUGAAGAAGGGAAACUUGUGGGAAGUUUGGAGAGAGUUCACGGUGUUGUUGAUGAAAGGGGAAAGGGAAAAGGUUUGCGAGUAUCGAGUGAUUUAGCUGAGCACCGGGGGAUUAAAGUAAAUGCUGCAAUUCAGUCAGCGUUGAGGUCGGUUUCAAUGGAUCCAUCGGCUGUUUUAGUCGUCAAUCGUGCUAUGAGUCAAAUGAAUUUGGGAAAUGGCGACGAAGGGUGUUCUAAUUCGAACGAUCAAGUGGCUGGAGGGAAGAUCGAAAAUUCUGAUGCAGCUGCGAAGAGAGGUAACAGAAACUCUAGCUUAUAUGAAGCGAUGAAGUGUUCUUCCUUUGGUCGUUCGUUACAAAAAGUGCCAAUUUAUAUGAAGAGGUCCUUCUCUACUAGUGGCAAGUCUUCAGCAUCCACAAGUGACAAAGAGGUCAAGAACACAAGUGACAAUCAAUGUAAAUUAAAAGACGUAAUGCAGCCAGCAGUGCGAUCAGCAUCAAUGGAUCAAUCAGCUAUUUCAGCGAUUCAUCGUGCUAUUAGUGAAAUGACUUUGGAAGAUGACGAGGAGUGUUCUAAUUCGAACGAUCAACUGGCUGAAACAGAAAAUUCUGAUGCAGCAACGAAGAGAGUAAACAGAAACUCGAGCUUAUAUGAAGCGAUGAAGUGUUCUUCCUUUGGUCGUUCGUUGCAAAGAGUGCCAAUUUAUAUGAAGAGGUCCUUCUCUACUAGUAGUGGCAAAGUGUUCAGCAUUGACAAGUGACAAUCAAUGUAAGUGAAGCGUAAAGACUUUGCUUUCUUGAGUUUCAGUAGGGUUUGAGUAUUUGGCAUUUGGAAACCUAUCAAAAGCAUAUUGGCAAUGUUGUUGAUGAUACUGUUGAAUUCGAUCUGUACGCUUUACAAUCUUUGAUGAUGAAGCCAGAAAUGUAUCGUCGAUGCUAGUUCUUCUGAAUGUGAAUGAUAAACUAGAAUUCUGAAACAGAAUCAUCAAAUUCAGGAAUUUCACUUUGUUGAAAGGAAAAAGAUACCAUUAUUUUGGAAACAUUGUAAAGCAUGCUGAAUGCUUUUGAUAUCUAUGACCAUCUGUUGUCUACUGUGUUUCGGUUA